AUGUUCCCCGCAUCACAGCACAGAGGCGGGAUCCCUCCCAAAAUCAGCGCCUUUACGAUCACCGCAAGGACGACCCUGUUCAAUCUCGUUCUCGCCUGCCCAUCAUCCAAUGAUAUGCGCCAGCAAGCAGCCUCGAAACCCUGGGGCAACUGCGGCCCCACCUCCUCCACCUCUUCCUAUGCCCACUCGAUGGCCUCUUCGAGUUUCACUUUGUCAUCAGGCGCUACCGAUAAUUCGUCAGCAUCCUCCGCAGUCUUUGACGUCCAUGGGAAACCCAAGGAUGACGCCGGCAACAAUGCUUUUGCCGUCCAACUGAAGAAGCUGUACAGGAACAUAUCAGCCUUGGAGUCGAAGAUCCUGAACAAAGAUGCCGACGACCAUGCCGACGAAGGACGAACGAAGUGGGUUGGGAACAUAUCAGAUCAUAAACAACUUGCGGAGCUCAUGCAUACUCUGAUGGAGAUCUCGCUAUCACCAAGCAUUCCGGCCUCACUGCGGGUCAUUCCCACCAAGUACAACAUCAUCAUCCGACUUUGGACCCACGGGUUUCACAAAGUAUUGGAGAGCCUCCGCCGUGCUUCCUUCUCGUCACCCAUAGCUCUGGAACAUCUCCAGGACUUCAUCUACUUUGCUUACACCUUCUACACCGGCCUCCUCGAGGAACCGGCCCUCCCAGCAAAUACUGUUGACGAUACGCUCAAAGGCCCGAAGUCUCAUACCAGUGCUAAAUCUAGUGGCAACCGCCCCGCUGUUUGCAUCGACGACUCCCCGACACCCAGCGUGGGCAUUGUCGCUGCACGAAACAUGGUGGUCGAGCCUGAGAAGGAGCGGUGGAGGUGUAUCGCCCGCGAUUGGUUCGCUCAGGGCCUUGCUGAUACACCUGGCGCUGGCAAGCUACACCAUCAUCUUGGUUUGCUAAGUUGCGAGGUGGAGGCCGAAGAACUGCAUGCCGUCUAUCAUUUUUAUGACGACACUGCAUCCCUUUUCAACAUCCCGCGACCAGACGCUCGUGCCCCCGAGCUAUCUGUUCUUCUACAUGGCAUGCUCUUUACCAACAUCCAGCUCAAUGAUUUCCAACCAACACUCGCUCGCUUCCUUGAACGCUUGGAGAUCAAACGCGCCGAAGAACGUGAAUGGACCAUGAUGGCCGUCAUCGAUAUCAGCUCACUUCUCGAGUAUGGCCGCCCAAGUGGCCUGCUUCGGAAGAUUGGUGCAUCCGGCACCCGAGACAUCGGGUCCAGCAACGUUCGUGUAGCCAAACAACCCCCUCAGCAGAAUGGGAUGGAUGUCGACGAAGAUGGCGAUGAAGACAUGAAGCCCUCUCCUGCAAUGUCGGAACCCUUGGUUGGAGCAGAGGCACCGCUGCAACUCAAAUUUGCUAUGCAGCUUGCAUUCACCAUGCUGUCAUUUGUCCUCAAGAACCCACUACGCAAGAACUUGUAG